GAGACUGACCUGAGAUCAGCGCGAGAGUCCGUCAGUCUGAUGCUGUAAACAAACGCUGAGGCUCCGCGAAUCGGGCGUUAUUCAUGAAAUCUAAAGGAUGGAAAUAAGGCUUCCGAUUUCCUCACACAGUUAUGUUUCUUUGUGUGUCUCUGCGGUGUUCAUUAUCGCCGGGGUCUCGGAUGUGUCUGCGAUAGACGUGUUCACCACAGCAGAGGUGUAUGUUGAGAACGGGACCACAGCCACUCUCAGCUGCAGCUUUAAGUCUAAAGAAGUGGUCAGCCGAUUGACUUCAGUGACGUGGUCUUUCCUUCCGGAGGGAGACUCAGGAGCGCACACUACAAUCUUAUAUCACUCUGAUGGGAAGUCUUUUCCGGGGUCUCUGCCGCAGUUUAAGACCCGUGUGGAAUGGGCUGGAGACAUGAACAAGAAGGACGCGUCGAUCCGUGUCAUUCAGAUGCAGUUUAAGGACAACGGGACGUACAGCUGCGACGUGAAGAAUCCUCCGGACAUUACUGGACAGAUGUCUGCCACUAAAGUCAGGGUGGUCAUGAAAGAGGCUCUUCCUCAGACCAGCGCAGCAGUAAUCGUGGGCGGUGUGAUCGGAGCUGUGAUCGGCAUCAUCCUCAUCUCUGUGGUCACGUAUCUGAUCAUCAGGAGGCAGAAGCCCAGUCAUGACUAUGAAGGCUGCACCUCGUUAGAGAGUGUGAGCUCACAGAACACUCGGGUGGGGAAGAAGGCGGAGUCGAGCAACGACAACUCCCGCUGCUCCAGCCCCUCCGCACCCGUACAGGGACCGGUGAUUUACGCUCAGCUCGAUCACUCCGGCAGCAAGAACUCCAGCUCUUUCCACAAGAUGGAGCCGGUGGUGUACGCAGACAUCCGCAAGAACUGAACCCGCAUGCACAUCUCUGCCAUCCUGAGCUCAGACCGCUGGGUUAGUACUGGACGGAGCUUCCAGAGACUCUCUUCUGUGUGUGUGUGUGUGUGUGUGUGUGUGUGUGUGUGUGUGUGUGUGUGUCAGCCAGACUCCACACGGCACUGACCCACAGCAGCUUUCAUCAUUCCUGUUUUUGUGCAUUGAGAUCAUCAUAAUAGUGACCAGUGUGCAUAAACACUAUUAUAUUGUGCAUAAUGAUGAUGAUGAUGAUGAUGAUGAUGAGGGUUCUGGUGGUUUCACCCAAAAAUGGAAAGUUCUGUCAUCAUUUAUUCACCCUUUCAAAUCCUUAUGAGUUUCUUUCUUCUGUUGAACACAAAAGAAGAUAAGUUAAGAUAAGAUAAAGAAGAUAAAACAAAUACAAUAAAGGUCGAUGGUUACUGGUUUUCAGCAUUCUUCAAAUGAUCUUCUUUUGUGUUCAACAGAAGAAAGACACUCAUAAAUGUUUAUAACCACUUGAGGGAGAGUAUAUUUUGAGUAAAUGUUAAUUUUUCUGGGUGAUCUGUGUUUCAUCAUGUUGCAUUGUUAUUUUCCUUCAUCGUCGUCAGAGAUUAUAUUGAAUUUUUCACACUCGUUCACAUCACAUUUCUCUAGGACCAAGCAUGGAUGUCUCUGUUACAUUAUCUUUGCUAUUUGCUGGCUGUAGCAUCUGUCUUCUGUCGAAAUACAUGAAAGAAGAUAUUUUGUAGAAUGCUGAAAACCGGUAACCAUUGACUUCCAUUGUAUUUGUUUUUCUUACCAUGGAAGUCAAUGGUUACUGGUUUUCUUUAAUACUUCAAAUUAUCUUCUUUUGUGUUCAAAAGAAAGACACUCGUUAUUGUUUAUAACCGCUUGAGGGAGAGUACAUGAGGAGUAAAUAAAUGUUUUUAUUCUUUAAUCAGAUGUUGUUAUUUACACUUUAUUUUCCUUCAUCAUCAUCAUCAUCGUCAUGAAAGAGUAUAUUGAAUUUUUACACUUAUUCGCAUCACACUUCUCUAGGACCAAGCAUGGAUGUCUCUGUUACAUUAUUUUUUUAUUACAAUUAUGAUUUUGUCCAGAUCACUGCAUUUUUAAUACAUCAGUAAUGCUUUACAAUAAGGUAAUGUUUGCUAGCAGUAGCGUCUGUCUUCUGUUGAAAGACAUGAAAGAAGAUAUUUUGAAGAAUGCUAAAAACCGGUAACCAUUGACUUCCAUUGUAUUUGUUUUUCCUAUUGUGGAAGUUACCAGUUUUCAGCAUUCUUCGAAAGAUCUUCUUUCCUGUUCAAUGGAAGAAAGAAAUAAUUAACAUAAAAACAACAAACAAAUGCUGUAGAUGUAUUUGUUAUUGUCAGAUCAUGUUAUUAACACCGCACUAACCCAUUAAACCUUAUUUAAAGCAUUACCAGAAUAUUAAGAUGAACACAUCAUGACACAGAUAUAUGGCAGUGUAAGGGAUACACUAUAUUUUGCACAUAAACAAAUGUUUCUUUCAUACUGUCGCCUGUAUUUUGCGGUUACAUUGACGUUUUUUUCUGCAUAAACAUGUGAAAUAGCACUACAUAAUCACACAUGUGUUAUGCACAGACAAAAUGAAACCCGUUUAGGACCAAACUUUAUUUUUUAUGCUAAUUACAGACUCAUUACUGCAGUAUGCUGACAUCAAUAAUGCAGUGUGUUGUUUUAAAGCUCAUUUAAAGGUCUUAUUGAACCUUCUAUUUCAAUAAUUGAAGGUCUGACAUGUCUAUUCCACACACACACACACACACACACACACACACACACACACGCACACACACACACACACACACUCAUGUUUUAUUCACAUUGUUUUCUGCCUUAUUACGCUGUGUGUUUUCCAGUGGUCAGUGUUGUGUGGUGGAGUGUGUGUGUGUGUGUGUGUGUGUGUGUGUUUUCACUGGUGUGUGUUUGGUUCAGACACACUUCAACAGCACAGAGGUGGCUGUCGAACCAGCACAUCCCAGUGUGUGUGUGUGUGCGUGUGUGUGUGUGUGUGUGUGUGUGUGUAUGUGUUUGCAUGUUACUCACCUUACUAACCACAGCUGAUGCCAGAGGAACACUCCACCAGCUGCCAAAGCCAGGGUUAGCAUAGCUAGCGUGUUAGCAGGACAGCACUAGCGUAGCUCAUUAGCAAGUCUUCAGUGUUAGCUUAGCGGAGGAUGACACACUCCAGCAUUCCACUCUCAUACACUGCAGAAUGACAGGAGAUCGUGUCUCAUUUCUAGAGCUAAAUGACCAACAAAUCUUAAAUCAAGCAGCGUGUUGUAGAUGAGUAAAUAUGUGUUGCUUUCAGAAAUAAUGAGUCGAAAUGAAGAGAGUUUUCCUGAAAACAGGCAGAAUAAUCUGACGAUAGGAGAAGAGAAAUCAUCUUCAGGGUUUCUACACUGCAUUUAGAGUUCAGAAGCUCUCUGUCAGUGAAUGUGUUGAAUUUAUAUAUGUAUUUUUGCUGUUUUUUCAGUCAUUUUUGUGUUUGGUUAGACUGUGAGAGCAAAUCUGGAACAGUUACGGUAAAAUAAACACGUCAGCUGUGGUUGAUAUAAUUUAGCCAUUAAAAUACAGUAAGAGCUAGGGCUGCAUGAUGAUGGAAACAUGCAUGGUGAUCUUCUAUAGGGAUGUUUAUAUUGAGAUGUUUCAGCAGGUAACUAGAAUAGAUCACUUUGGAGAACACACACAGUUUUUGAUUGAUUGUGAUGAUUCAGUAGUGGAGUGUAUCUUCAUCAUUACAGCAUAAUAAACAAAUUAACAUCAUCGAUGAAGACAGUAGAGCUAAUAUAAGGAGACUGAGGGCUGAUCACACCGAACACACUUUGUGUUGAGAUGCACCUGUUUACUAACGGUUGCGAGCGUUUAGUGCGUUUAGAGCGUUUUUAACCGCCUGCUGCGCCUCACGUUUUCACCCGUCCGCUCGCAGUUGGAAACAGUCAACUCUGAGCGGAUAAAGCGCGUUAUGUCAGUCGCGUCUUUUUCAUUCUCCAAUCAAAUGAAAGCAGAGGCGGGGUUUCCGUUGAAGUGCCUGCUGUGUUUGUGUUGUCAAGACAACAACGGAGACGUUUGAAGAUGGCGGAGAGACUAGUGAAUCCUGUUUUGAGUUAUCCGGAGCUGUGUGACUUCACCAAUCUUUCACAGUGUUAUUAAAUAUUAAAGUUAUAUUAAUAUCAACACUCGCGCACAAUACCCAGCUGAUUCAGUCGUUGCCUAGCAACAUAAAAAGUACACUGCGCUUGAUUUAUUUUAAGGCAGUGUGGUGCGCCUCGCGGUUUGAGCGUAAAGGUGUGUUUGGUGUGAUCGGCCCCUAAGAGUGCACUCACACUAUGCUAUCUAGUGCCCAAGCGUGUUUCCCGGUUCGUUGGACAAGUGUGAGUGCUCUGAAUUGGGCCCAGGCGUGGUUCAGUUGGCUGGCUCUGGCCUGGUUGGAAGAGGUGUGCCAGAGUGCGGUUCAGUUGGGCUGUGGUCACUUUAAGGCUGAUAUGGAUUUACUAAUCACUCUUACUGUGGAAUAAACAUGAGCUGUCAGAGUGGACACAAACCCCUCACUGCACCACAGCUUCAGAGCUCAUGAGUGUGUGUGUGUGAAUGAGUGUGUAUGGGUGUUUCCCAUUACUGGGUUGCAGCUAGAAGGGCAUCCGCCUGUGUAAAACAUGCUGGAAUAGUUGGCGGUUCAUUCCGCUGUGGCAACCUCUGAUAAAUAAGGGUUAAGUUGAAGGAAAAUGAAUGAAUGGGAGUCGUAUAUCAACCCAUAAACGAGAUGAUUUAGGUAAGAUCUGUCCUCAUCAGCAGAUUAUUUAGCUUGAUGAACAGAAUUUGAACUGGUCAUUUCUGAAAGACAACUCUUGUGUUGCUCCUCUAUGAAAUGCUUCUUGAUUUAAGACUCUUUAGUCUAGAAGUGCGCUCAGUAAAGCAUGUUCAGCAGUGUGGGCUUACUCUCGUCCUCUUAUAUGUGCAUUUCAUGUGUCAGAACUUAAGUUUGUUUCUGAAUUGUGAAGCGCUGAAUAAAGCAGCGUAACCCAAAGCAUUCCUUCUGUAUAUUAUUAUUAUUAUUAUUAUUAUGGUUGUUUUCUGAUGCUGGACUUGAGUUUUUUCAUUGUGUUGUUGUUGGAUGUUUCUGCAUAGAUGAUGAUUAUCGUGUGUGUGUGUGUGUGUGUGUGUGUGUGUGUGUGUGUUUAUGGGGGAUUCGCUGCCACAUUCCAUGUUGGUGCUGUCUGUGGGUACUGGAUUGAUUUUGUCCUGCACUGUUUCUGAACUCUGUGUGUUUGUGUGUAAACUGGAAGACUUCUGGUGCCUUCAUCGACUAAUAUCUCACACAUCUACACUUCUCUACUUCUCCAUUUACUGGCCUUUUGUAUAUGAAAACAGCCGUAUCUGUCUAAUUUUAUACAUAUAUAUAAAUAUAUCAAGUCAA